GCUUUUUAUUAUGGUUGUUAACCUGUAAAAUGUAAAUAUUUUGACUUACUCACGUGGUAUAAUGAAGUGUCAGCUGUUAGACAACCGAAAUACGACUUGUACAGUUUAUUUUUUGUAAUUAUGUAACUGUUACUUUUCUUAAUGUUAGUUUUAUUUUAAAGUAAUUUAGUUAUGUUUAUUUCUACGCCUGUUAAAAAAUUGUUUGCGAAUAUUGUUCAGCAAAAUUAUGUGAGGAAUGUUCACCUAGCAAGAAUCCAGUGUGCUCAUAGCCAUUAUGACACCCUACAGCUCACUCAGAACUGUUCAGUGAAAGAGAUUAGGGAAGCAUUCAUCAAGCUCUCCAAACAAUGCCACCCGGAUGGCAACCAGGGUGACCCCAGGAGACACUCGCAGUUUGUGAAGCUGAACGAGGCCUACAGCGUUCUGAGCCGUCCCGACAAGAGGAGGGAGUACGACAACAGCCUGACUCCCCCCCAGCAACACCACCAACAAUACCACCACCACCAACACCACCAUACCGCCAGUUACGCCAAGGUUCACUACGAAGUAUACAACUGGGACUCGGAAGGCAAGAGAGGCAACGCCCGCGGCAGCGAGGGCUACUACGGGAUUCCCGGUGUGAAGCGAGUCUCGAACGCCACCAUUGCGUUGCUGUGUUUCGCGCUGGCCAGCGUAGGUGUCAUCCUCCAGGCUGUCGCCAUCAGAGUGUCGCUGACGUUCUCCCGCGAGCACCUGGACCAGAAGUCCCACGAGACGGGGCAGAUACUCGCGAAGGUGCGUGAAGAUGCCGCACGCCUCGGGAAGGAGCGGCAGCUGGAGCUCCUCCGGGAGCGAGUGAUCCGGUCGGGCGUGGAGGUGCCCCCUUUCGACUUCGGCAAGGAGGGCGCCGCGGCCCUCCCGGCCGACGCCGCGGCCCUCCCGGCCGACGCCGCGGCCCUCCCGGCCGACGCCGCGGUCGUGGAGGGAUUGGCCCGGUCCUAGUGCGACGGCCCAGCAUCGUGUGUCAGUUGGGACGUGGCCCUGUGCCGAGAGUGGGUGACGGAACGUGAGGGGACCGCAUGGGCAAGACACAUCGUAGAACUAGUUUACACUGCACCAGGAUGUCUGUCUGCGUGGGCCAGAGAUCAUUGUUUCGAUUCCCAGCCAAAUUUGGGAUUGUUUAUGAUUGCAGGUUUUCGCUGCUGCAGAUGCUACCGUGAAGAUGGUGAUAAUUGUAAUGCAGAUCAAAGCAUCUUUUAUUAUUUCUUCAACCUUGGAUGUCUGAAACCCACAGGCUCAGCCAAUGUAAAUUUCUGAUUUUUCAACAUUUGUACAAAUUAGUGAUGGGUCGAUUCCGAUUCCGGAAUCGGUAGUUUUCAUCGAUUCCUCAAGGAUCGAAGGAUUCAGAAUACAAUGGUUUUGGAAUCGACAGUGGCCGAUUCUUUCAUUGUUUUUGUAAGCUUGAAAAAUACAUUUUCUACCCAACAUAGAAAAAUCUUUUGAUGAUUUAAUAAGGGAAGUUUUCAUGAAGUUUAUUUAAUCAGACUUACCAAAUAAAAAUUUAUUGAUUUUUCUUUGGCCACGGCAGCUUUGUUUACGAUUGUAGAUUGUAAAAAAAAAAACUUUAUUUUUGUGCCACGUGCCACCUUAACAAUACGGCCAUGAAGAAAAUCUCCGAUUAUGAAUGCGAAAAUUCAGUUUAGUUUUAUAUUUUUCCCCUUUAAUAUUUGAUGUAUUAUGCACGAAGUACGCUGUAAAGCAACGUAACAAAUUCUUGUAAAUAUAACGUCUCCAUGUUUGUGACAUUCGUUUUACCACAUAAGAAAUAUUUUGGUUCGUCUGUUGGUAGCACUGAGUUUCCAAACAUUGCAGCUUGCAACAGAAAUGUAUUUUUUAAAUUGCUGAACGUAAACAACCGUUUUGAAAGCAGUGUAAUUGUUUUAUAGAAUUAUUUACGGUACAAAUCGGAAGUUAAUUAAACUUUAACACGCGGAUAUACACAGAGUAAAAAAAAAUAUUUGUGUAAGAAAUUCCCACGUAAAAAGUGGACUUUUUGAGAUGCUUAAACGUGCACGUCUCUUACGCAAAAACCGGAAAUUUGAUUUUCAACUUGUGACUAUUUGAUAUAUUUACCUGAAAUGUUAUUUAGUCUGGUGUACAUAUAGUAUGUGCUUCGUAUUGUUUACAUCCUUGUGAGAUAAUAGAAAAAAUUUUUACAUUGCUUUGUUUUUACGUUUUCCUGCGUUUUCCACAGUUUUUCCCCGGUACAUUGAAAUGUGUAAAUAUGCGGUUGUAAUGAGUGGACGUGUAUUUAUAAUUUUAAACAUACGCAAUUUGGAAUCAGUAUUUAGUUAAGUUUUAAAAUACAGUUCUUAACCUAGCUGUACAAGGUUUUGACUAACUUAAAAGUGACAAUGGAAAAAACAAAUAGUAUUUGUAACUUUAUUGGUCCCGAAUUUUAAGUUUCUAUAUAACUUAGUUUAUACUUGCAAAAUAAUACACACUUAACUAAUUUUGUGUGACUAUAAUGGAAAAAACAAGUUAUAUUUGGAACUUUUUUAGUGUAAAUGAUAGUGAUGAUGUUAAAGCUAGGUGUAAUUUUUGUGGGAAAUUGAUUUCGAGAGGAGGGUCAAGCAAAUCUACUUCAAAUUUGCACAAACAUGCCAGAACAUUUCACGGUAAGGAAUUGCAAGAUUUCAAAACCAAAACUGUUGAAGAGAAGCCGAAUCCCCUAUCAUCUAUCAUCAUCAGUGUCUACAGGUGGGCCAACUGAAUCGCUCAAACUUAAGUUGGUUAGUGCAUCUGAUAAAACUCAGGUAACUUUGCGCCAGUUCAUUGACAACAAGAGACCAUUCACUCCAAAUCAUCCCAGAGCUGAAGUAUUAAACAAAGCACUUGCUGAGAUGAUUUGUUUGGAUAACCAACCAUUUUCUGUGGUUGAAUACCAAGGUUUUGUUCGUUUGAUGGCUGUAGCCGAGCCGAGGUAUAAGUUACCCACGAGAAAGUCUCUCUCUAAAGAAGUUAUUCCUGAGAUGUAUGAGAAGGUAAAGUUGAAAGUAAUGGACAUUUUGCAGCCUGUAGAAUCUGUUAGUAUUACUACAGAUAUGUGGUCAUCUACUGCAAAUGAUGACUACCUGAGCAUUACUGCACAUUUUCCGGAUGACUCCUACAAAAUGCAGCAUGUUUGUUUGGAAGUAAUCCCAUUUUCAUAUGAGGUCCACACAGCCAAAAACUUAGCAGCAUUUUUUACAGACACGCUGGGUAAAUGGGGUCUUUCAGAAAAGCUGAGUUUUGUGGUUCGUGACAAUGCUCACAAUUUUUGUGCAGCCAUGAUUAAGGCAGGUUACCAAGAUGUGCCAUGCAUUGCAGCUUGUUAUAAAGGAUAGUCUGUUUAACCAGAAGGAAGUGAAUAAUGUGAUAGCCAUUUGCCGGAGUCGUAUGGGACAUUUUAAGCACUCAGUAAAAGCCACCAAACCACUAAAAACAGCUCAAGAUACACUCAACAUGGCACAAAAGCGUAUGAUUCAAGAUGAACUUACAAGGUGGAAUAGCACCCUCCACAUGUUGAAUAGAGUGCUGGAGCAGCGUAAACCACUGGCCCUCGUCACUCCUUGCUUGGACCGAACCAAUGGAAUCUAUCUCAACCCUAGUCAGUGGACCCUUAUUGAAGCAGUCAGUGAAGUGCUCUCCCUAUUUGAGAAUGCAACACUAGCAGUCAGCUACCAAAAUGUUAAUAUUGGAGAGACCAUUCCAAUUAUUAACAGUAUUGCGGCUGCACUGAAAGAAAAUGGUGCUUUUAAAAGUCUGAAAGCUGACUUACUUACAUCUCUUGAACGGAGGUUAGGUAACAGUGAAUUUGAGCAUUGCUAUGCAACUGCGACAAUUUUGGACCCACGUUUCAAGACUAAAGUUUUUGUUUUGAAUGAUGCUAUCACAGAUGGAAACUAUUGAAACCAUAGAAUUUGCUUCAUUCCAAGUAGAAAUGCAACCAGUGUUCGCCAAGAAUGUUUAAGUGCAGAAGAUGAACUGAAUACUUAUCUGAAUGAACCUCUUUUAUCAAGUGUGUGUGAUGUGCCAACUUAUUGGGAAAAGCAAGUUUUCCUAGGCUAAAAAAGUUGGCAAAAUGCUAUCUAGCCAUUCCACCUGCAACUGUUCAUUCUGAACGCUUGUUCAGUACAGCAGGGCUAAUAUGCGACAAGAAACGCAAUAGGUUGAAUCAUGAGAAAGUUCGGAAACUAGUUUUUCUCAACAAAAAUCUCAAGACUGUGAAUUUUGACUAUUGAAUAGUCAGUUUUCUCUUUGAAUAAAUUUUUUUUCAAUCAGAACUGUUGGUAAUGUUUUAAUGUAUGUACUUGGAAUUCAAACAUUGGAACUUUAUAAACAUAUAGUUGAAGUCUCAAUUGUGAUACAUGUUUAGAAGUGUUUCAUUGUAGCAAUUGAGAUGAGUGGAUUGCAAACGGUUUGAAAAUUAAACUAUUUGAAAUCAUCCUACAUGUAAAUCCAUAGAAAUGCACGUCUUUUUUCUAUGUCAAAAGUACAUUAAAGAAUUGAAAUUGUUUCCUUUUUAACUUUUACAUUAUUAUUUAAUAUUAAUGAUGUGUUAGAAUCUACCAAAUAUGUGCUAGAAAUUUAGGGUACAGUAACUUAGAGUAAUGAACAUGCUUUUUAAAAUUAUGUAAGUUGUACAUAAUGUUAAUCUGUGCACAGGAAAAAAAUUUAAGGCUAUUACAUUUUGAAAAACUCAAAUGUCCUUUUUUCUGAGUACAUUAUUCUGUUGAACUUCAUCAUUAAAAAAUUGUAAUGAAUAGGAAUCAAUUCCAAGAAUCGAACCUUUAGUUUAGGAAUCGAAAAUGGAACCGGAUCUGUAUAUUUUAGGAAUCAGCCCAACACUAGUGCAAAUUAGUCUUUAUUUUUAGGGUUGGAUGUGAUGUCCUGACGCUCAAGUUUUCCUUUACUACAGAUGACUUGAGUACAAGCUGGAAGCAAUAGUGUAUUGUUAUGAAUAUGUACAGUGUUAAAGUCUGUAUAUUAGCUGGGUCUGCAUGUGUGCUUAGAUGGUAUGAUUAUGUAUACAUUUUUAAGCUAAGUUUUUUAUGUCAUUUACAGUUUGCUAUAAUUCCUGCACAUACAUAAUUAAAUUAUAUUAAGAGUUUUAAAUUUUUUUUUAUGUGUAAACUUUUUAGCUCUCUGUGUAUGGCAUUUGGUAGGUGUAAUUUUGUGCAUGGAAUGGAAGUUGCAUGGAAUGGAAAUGUGUAACGACCACGGUGCUGCCAUCUGUGGCGGAUGGCACGAACCAAAGUUCAUAAAGACAAACUGAAACUUUAUAGCAUUAACUGUUUAAUGAAUUUUAACAAACUGGGCAGCAUUUUAAUAAUAUUCCUUGUUGAAAAUCAGGUCCAAAGCCGGGGUUUAGUAUUUUUGCGAGUCUUUUUCGCAUUAAUCAGAGCUGUUAUAUUAUACAGUUUAGCCUUUCACUGUGCAAAUUGAAUGAUUCAAUUGUCAACGUAGCUGCUCCGGCAGCGAAUUCUAGCAGUGGGUGCGGAAAUUAUGCGUGAUUCUCGUCAAGAAAAUGUAAGUGAAAACACAAUUAGCGUAUAUUUAUCAUGCUCGGUAUUAUUUUAAAGAAUUCUACGUUAAAUUUUGUGUAAAGAGUUUUAUAUAAUACUUGUAUUUGCACAUGAGAACAUAUGAAUUUGCUCGUUACCAUGGUUAUAUGUUUACACAUCACUUGCAAGCACUGAAAGACUCGCUCACAUUUUAAAAAUUUUGAUUUGUGUUUGAAUGUGAACAUUAAAGUAUUUUUGUUCCUCCCAAAAUCAGCACUGUGAAAUGUUUGGUUGUAUAUGGGUUGGCUGGCGUGAAAGACUCUUCAGCCGUGUGCCUCAGGCACACAAGUUUAGAAGCCAUGUUUUCGGAGACCAAGGCAGAUUCCUUGUUGAUGAGAUGUGAUAAGAGCCAUAAAAAUAACUUUUAACUGUAGAUCGUCUUGUCUUCUUGGUCUUUUAUGUUCAUACUCUUUGAGCACAUAAAUAUUUGGUUUCACAAUUUGCAGGUACAGUAGACUUCCGAUUAUCCUGGUGCAGGUUAUCCGGUUUGCGGUUUUACGGUGCGAUAUUUCACUUCCAUAAACCAUAAACACGAAAAUAAUUUUUGAGUAUUUUUAUUUUUGUGAUCUAUUGACUAUUGCUGUGAUUCAAGACAAAAAAAAUGCUGCCAAACAUGGUGCAUGCAUAGUUGGUAAGUGUUAGUAUGCAUCAUGAACUUCAAAACUGUUAGAGCAAAUUAUAAACGCACCCCUGUAAGCCGUGCGCGCUUACGUUCCAUGUUAUCUUGUGAACCACGCUCAGUUUAGCGCUGGCACGGCACGGCACGGCUGUUCCAUGACUUGUGAGCGAUAACUGGCCUACGUAGUUUCAAGGCAGCAGUCAGAAUACAGAGGUUUUAUUUUGUUGUUGUUAUAUUCUUUAGACAGUAAUGUCUUACAAUAAAUGAAAACGAGUGAUACUUGACUUUCAAGAAAAUUUAAAAAUGAUCAACCAGCUUGACUAAAAUAUGGCUAUGUUUAGUGAUAUAAUACGGUUAUGUUUUAUUGAUAUGUACUGCAACUUUUGUUUGUAAAUUACUUGAAACCUUAUACAGAUAGUUGGGAUAAAAAUUUUUUUUAACUUAAUUGAUUUUUUGUAUUAUUAAAAAAGAUUGCUUUAACCGUGCAUUACCCUUAUAGUCGGGAUUCUGCUAUAUGUACAGUAAAUGUUUUCUGCAAUAUAAAAUGAGGAACUGGUCAUUUGAUUUUCAGGUGGAGAAAGUGUGUAUUGUAUUUAUCUCAUCGAGUAAAUGCAUUUGUAGUUCCACUAUUGAAAAGUACGGUAGUAAUUUGGAGAAAGAGGUAAGGCCACUUUGGUGGAUAGAAACCUCUUGUGCAUUCAUUGGCUGGUGGUUUUAAAUUAUAUCGUAAUUGUAUGAAAUGGAUAACAAAGUACUGUUAAAUAUUUAAAAGAUGUAUUGAGAGAAAAGAAACUAUGCAAGUGUUUUUAGAGCACAUAAGAAGAGUAGUAAUUAUGUAUUGCAGCAAGCUAUGGUAAUGAUGUUAGAUCACAUAAAAACUAUUUGAGAUCUCUUAUAUAGCUGUCCUGAAUUUGAAUACUUUAUUUGGUUUUAUUUAUAUAUAUAUAUUUUUUAAAUUUAUUAUUUAUAGGUUGUAAAAGGUCAAAUGAAUCUACUAAGAUGUAGUAUAACUUACAACUUACGGGUGGUAAUGUGAUUAAAUUAAUUUUUAAGUUGACAGUGUUGUUGAAGUCUUGUAAAUAUGGAAUGUGUAGUUUGUUACUAUAUUUUGAAAUAUACAUAAUAUAUAUUGCAUUAAGUAGUUUUAUCUUGAUAGCAGUUGUAGCACUCACCAUGCUCUUAGAAUGGAAAUUAAUGUGCAUUGUACAUGACUUACCUAUUAUUACCAACUCAAGGUGUUUGUCUUUUUCAGGUAAGAGUACUGAUUAUCACCUCAGUAAUGUGAAUCAAGUCUGGUAGAACAAUUUCUAAGUAUCUUGCAUCAUCAAAAGCAGAAUGUGGGUUUAAGUGAAUUAAAGUAGCUGAACUUUUUUUUUUGCUGAAUCGCUGGAUAAAUUUUUCAUCAAAUUUAAAGUACUUGUAACUGAACGUAAUCUAUAGAGACCUGUAAAAUUCACGUUAUUAUCCACCUACAGUCUUAAUUGCAAAUGUUUGUACAAGUUAAUGAUCUUAUCAUUGGAUCACAAGUUAUUUGACAAGCCCUGAGCCAAUGAAAAAUACCUUCAAAAUACACUAUGUCCAUAAAUGAAUGUCUCAGUUAUAAAAUUUAAAAGUAUCAACUGUAGCCGUUGUAGUGUGUUAGUUCAAGGUCACACUCAAACAGUUUUAGAUAAGCGCAUGCGUGAGUACUGCUUUGUUGUUUUCUCGCUUGCAACGCAAAAGAGUGGCUGUUCCCCCAAUUAGUGGAGGGUGAACCUGUAAACUUUAUCUGGCAACAGGAUAGAGCCCCUCCCCAUUGGAAUCUCUUUGUAUGACAGUGGUUGAACGUCGAAGUCCCUAUGCGUUGGAUUGGUCGUAAUGGUCGAGACGACAGAGCUCUUUAUCGCUGACUUCCACGUUCACCUGACGUAACAUGUUUGGGGGUUCAUAAAAGAUCGAGUCUACGUUUUGCCGCUACAUAAUGAUUUUCCAGAUUGGAGACACAGAAUUGAAAAGGGUAUUAUUGAUUCCAUUACUCCAGACGUGUUAACCAAUGUGUGGAAAUAAUUGGACUUAGGUUGGAUGUGUACCAUGAUAUAACUAAAGGUGCAAAUAUUGAACAUUUGCAAGAAAAACUAGUUUAGUUUACCUUUAUUUUGAUAUAUGAUUUGUUGUAAAUAGUCUAAAUUAAACUGUUAUAAUAUACUAUUGAAACUGGGAUAUUCUUUAACAGACACCCGAUACAUCUGACCAAUUCAUGUGCGACCCACAGAGAAUGUGGAAUGGGGUGGGAGCAAAUGUAAACAUGGCAUCAUCUUGAUUAUAAAUAUGUUUGCAUAGGCUAACCCAGAAAAUACGGUAAUGCAAAUUUUACAGGUCUAUUAAUUGGUGAUGACUUGGGACAAGAUUAUAUGGUGACUUAACGAUAAAACUGAAAUGUGACUAAAAUCACGAAAUCAGCCAGCAAUUCGACAAAACAUAACUCAAAUUACAAAAAUGUUAUCUUCUGUCGUAGUAAAUUCAAUGUAUGUAAUUUAUUUCAUAUGAAGUGUGUACAAAAAAAGAAAGAACUAAAUUAAUUACAAAAAUUAAUUUC